CGUAUAUAACUAAAAUCUUGACCACUAAAAACAAUCUCUCAUUAAUUACUUCCAAAUGAAUCCAAAAUACGAAAGAUCAUUUGAGCAGACCAACACCACUUAUAUUAUUAUGUUAUAGUAACCAUCUUAUUCAAAAAAAUUCCAUGGCUCACAAGAACCCAACCAUUCAUGAACAAGAUAAACCCCAAACUCAAAACCACACAAAUUAUCUAACACCAUUAAAUCAAACCCCACAAAAUUCAAUCUUCUUAAACAUUUAAGUGCAAACCCAAAAAAGAAAAAAAAAAGAAAAAAUUAAUCUUCACUGGAAUAAUGGGUUGUGCUUCUUCGAAGAGUUUCGAUAUUGCAGCAAACAACAAAGCCAUAGAGGUGUAUCGUCCACCUCCGACGAGCUUUGCCGUAUUCGAUGUCAACGCCAUUGAGGAGCCAUGGAUAAAGGCUAUGGAAGCACAGAAACAGCAACAACUGAAUGGGAAUGGGAAGCCGGCUUAUAUGCCAGACCCACUUCUGGAGAAGCUCAACGCCAUUGAAGAAGCUCCUCGUUCCUGGGAUGAGGUUAGUAAAGCUCUUGAAGAUUUAAAACCUACUUUACAAAACCCUCCGCUGGAGAAGCCGGCGGCUAAAGAAGGCGGCCAAAAGAAGAAUGAAAAGGAAGCGCAGCCGUCUCCGCCGCUGGGUCGGAAGAGUUUUUCCUUUCACACUUUAGAAGAGCUCGAAGCCAAGCUCUCCUCCGCCGCGAAGAAAAACCAGCCGCCGGAGGUUAAACCCGAGCAUAAAAAGACUGCGUCAAUGGCAUCAUUAUCAUCAACCAAGAAUCAGACGAAUACAACAAACAUAAAGAAAGAUACCGGGCUUCCUCCGGCGCCGGGGACGCCGGGGUACAAGUCGGUAAAGGACAACAUAUUCAUAGUGAGGGAUAGGUUGGAGAGAGAAAAAGAAGGAAAACCCGCGCCAAUCGUCCGGUUCAACCCGCUGAGCGACUUCCCGGAGAAAUGCCCGCCGAACGGGGCCGACUCGGUGGUCAUCUACACGACGUCGUUGGGAGGAGUCAGGCGGACCUUCGAAGAUUGUAACACUGUUCGGACCAUCCUAGAGUGGCACCGGUUCGUGUUCGACGAGCGUGACGUGUCACUCCACGGAGAGUAUUUGAAUGAGUUGAAAGAACUCUUGGGAGAAGGAGCGGCGGUGCCGAGGAUGUUUAUUAAAGGGAGGUACAUCGGAGGGGCGGAGGAGGUGGUGAAUUUGAACGAAACCGGCCGGCUCGGGAGGAUUUUGAACUGGGCUCGGGUGGAAAGAGGGACCGGGAGGUUAGGUUGCGAAGGUUGCGGCGGCGCUCGGUUCGUGCCGUGUAUGGAUUGCGGCGGAAGUUGUAAGGUUGUGGUUGGGGAAGAGAAGGAAAGAUGUCGGUCUUGCAAUGAAAAUGGUUUGAUUCUUUGCCCUCUUUGUGAUUGAUUGAUCAAUCCAUGAUGUAUGGAAGAUAGAAAAUGUAUACAUUAGGCCUUGAUGGUGUCCAUUAUUCUGCGAUCUCUAUACUCGCCGGAGCUUUCAAUCGGUGUUUAAUUUUCCAGCCUAUUUUGUUUGGUGGUUUUUACACUUUUAUAAGAGGAGAAUUGUAAGUUGAGUUUGGAGCCUUUUUGGGCUGUUUUCUGUUUAUGUAUACGGAGAGAAGAAUGAUGAUGUAAAUAGUUGCAUUUGAUUCAUAGGCUCAUAGCUGUUCUUAUUCUUUCUCCAAAUUUCUACAAGUUAUACUAAAAUAAGGUACUAAAUCUGUCCGGAUGAUUUUAAAGUAUUCAUACGAAAACAUAAAAUCUUCAUGGGAAGAAAUCAGAAUCCAAUCAUCUUUAUCCUCGUACUUUUUACGUUCAAGUGGUCAACCUGCUAACUUCUUUUAAACCAACUCUUUUUUUUUUUUUUUUGGGUAAAAUUAAACCAACUCUUCAAUCCUUCAAUUACC